AAUUCCAUAAUACCUUGUUAGUAAUGUAAUGCUUUCGACUGCGUUUGUUACGAGAAAAUGUACAUAUAUUCAAGGUGUAUGAGGUCUUAUUUGACCAAUGUACGUUAUUUCUCAAUAACAACAAAGAAGGAUCCCGUAGCUUCUACUAGGUCAACAGGCGAAUACACCUUCAAUAAUAUAAUUGGCAAAAAUUCAAGGACUCAACAGCAUAAGAUAAGUAGAGAAGGAUCGUUUGACGCAUUGUAUCAAGAAUGUAUGACGGACAUUUACAGAGAAAGAGCCGAAGCCGACGGUUACUCCGAAGAAACAAAAGAUUCACAAGAAAUAUUAGAUCUAACAAAACAAGAACGGGAAAUAACUAAAGCAAUAUUUAGAAGAGUCGCACCGCACGACAAGCUGAUACCCAAAUUAAAUGAAAAGGACGAUUAUAUUGAUCCAUAUUGGGAUCCAUUUAAAAGGUUGGAUGGGUUGAAAAUGCAAGUUGCAGCGGAAUUCAACGAUUUGGCACGAUUAGUCAGUGCUGCUGAAGUUAGGAAACAAAGGAAACGAUUAAGACAGGCAGCAGAAACAUUUGAUAACUAUAAUGAUCCUUAUUCACAGACAAGCGACGCCGGGGAGAGUGAGGAACCGCUACCCAGUAAUUUAAAUGAACGUUUUUGGAAUCCAGAUGCCGAAAGACGCACAGUACUGGAAAACAAUAAAAGACCAUUUUCUUUCAGAGAUUUACAUGUUCUCCACAAUUUUGUUGCUGAAAAUGGUCAAAUAUUGCCACGACGGUUGACAUAUGCAACACGACAGCAACAAAGGCAAAUAUUUAGAGCUAUACGUGUUGCCAGGCAAAUGGCGCUUUUCCCAUAUGAUUGGAAACCAAGAUAUCGCGAUAGAAUACCACUAAUGAAUCCACAACAGUAUUUAGCAGAUGAAUUAUUCCACCGCUACAAAAACAAGGGAGAUCUGCGCGCAAGAGCCAUGUUACACGUUCUAAUGAAGAAGUGCACAGACGUAAAUUGCUUCAGGUUUCUUAAAUAUGAGGCUCAAAAAUUCAAGUCUAAAUCAAGCUUCAAGGAUACACUAGAUAAACACACAUGUGAAUAAGCGCACCAGUGAAACGGACGCAAAUGAUGCAAGUCUAAUGAAAUACACACAUUAAUAUAUAAUUGUGUAAUUCU